AAAGCCAAGGCGUCGUAGGAAGGAGAGGAGCUAGGCAAGGGGCCAGGGGGGUUUUAAAAAUGAAGGCUUCAGUUUUUCUUUUAAAAAUAGAGCGGGGGUUGGGGUUUUCUCAGUGACAGUCACUCCAGGGUCUGUGGCAGCCAUUUCUUCAGGAUUCUCCGAGUCUCGAGAGCGCACAGUUUUGAGGUCACGCAAGUAAUGGACGUCCCCAAGGAUCAGAUCGCUACUCUUCUCGAGCACGGCCUCUACAGCUCCGCUCAGAUGCUCGGCUGUUUUCUUGUUUCUUCACCUGCUGCUAACGCUGAAACCACUCCACAUCUCAAGGCUGAGAGCUUGGUGCUUCUCGGUGACGCAUUGUUCCGCGAGCGCGAAUAUCGCAGAGCAAUUCAUACAUACAAGCAAGCCUUGCAAUACUACAAGAUUAUUCCUAAACAGAGUCAAACAACUUCUAGAAGUUCACUACCAUCAAACAGGUCAUCUUCUCCAAAUUCUUUUAACAUCUCAGCAAUUAAUGAAAAUGAGGUGAAGUUUAAAAUCGCAUCUUGUCACUGUGCGCUGAGUGAGAACAGAGCCGCCCUUGCUGAGAUGGAGGGAAUCCCUGGCAAAGCAAGAAAUUUGCAGAUGCAUAUGUUGAUGGGAAAGCUUUAUCGAAAUUCUAGACAUAUCCGUCCUGCUAUUGCUUGUUACAAAGAGUGCUUAAGGCAUUGCCCUUAUGUCCUUGAUGCUAUUACAGCUCUAGCAGAACUGGGAGCUACGUUUAAGGACAUUAUUUCAUUGUUUCCUCAGACUCCUAUGAGAAGCAGUAAGGCUUCAUUUGAUCAUUUUGACUCAAGCCGCUGGCUGCAACGCUAUGUUGAGGCCCAAUGUUGCAUUGUGUCAAAUGAUUACAAAGGUGGUUUGGAGCUCUUUUCAGAUCUGUUACAACGUUUUCCUAAUAACAUACACUUGUUACUUGAAAUUGCAAAGAUUGAAGCCAUUAUUGGAAAGAAUGACGAGGCCAUCAUGAAUUUUGAAAAGAGUUUUUGGUCUUUUCAGGCUCGAUCAAUUGAUCCAUACAUUGUUACUUAUAUGGAUGAGUAUGCAAUGCUUCUGAAGACGAAGUCUGAUUAUUUAAAGCUAAACAAGUUAGCACAUGAUUUGCUGAGUAUUGAUCCCACAAAGCCAGAAGUUUUUGUGACUUUGUCUGUACUGUGGGAAAGGAAAGAUGAGAGAGGAGCUUUGUCUUAUGCUGACAAGAGCAUCCGAAUUGACGAGAGGCAUAUACCAGGUUAUAUUAUGAAGGGUAACCUCUUGUUAACAGCAAAGCGAGCAGAAGCUGCUGUAAUUGCUUUCAGGGGAGCUCAAGAAUUGAGACCUGAUAUUCGUUCAUAUCAAGGUUUAGUUCAUUCCUAUUUGUGUCUAUCUAAAACCAAAGAGGCUUUGUAUGCUGCCAGGGAGGCGAUGAAGGCAAUGCCUCAAUCUGCAAAGGCACUAAAAUUAGUCGGGGAUGUUCAUGCCAGUAACUCUAGUGGCAGAGAGAAGGCAAAAAAGUUUUAUGAGUCAGCACUUAGGCUGGAACCCGGUUACCUAGGUGCAGCUCUAGCUUUGGCUGAGCUCCAUGUUAUUGAAGGUCGAAAUGGAGAUGCUGUAUCUCUGCUUGAGCGAUACCUCAAAGAUUGGGCUGACGACUCUCUUCAUGUUAAACUGGCUCAAGUAUUUGCUGCUACAAAUAUGCUUCAAGAUUCUUUGUCACAUUAUCAGGCUGCAUUGAGGAUAAACUCACAGAAUGAAGCUGCAAAAAAGGGGCUAGAACGCUUGGAAAAACAAAUGAAGGGGGUGGAUCCUGAUGCACCUGAAGAAGAUGAUGAAAAUGAGGUUGAGGAUGCUGAUGGAGAACAGGAAGAAACUGAUCUUUUGUGAGGACAAGUUCAGACGGUGAGUUUUCAUCGUUUAAAACAAUGAGGAAAUCCCCGCCCAGAUUAUAUUGGUUGCAAAUGAGUGAAUAACAAGUAAUUUGAGAUUCGCAGUGCUGCCCUGUCCUGGCAAGCCAAACCGGUGACCCGCGACUAUGGAUUUCACUUAAGAUAACUGGAAAAUUAAAAAUUAUGCUGCUUAAGCAGGAAUUUCGCGAGUAUGAAAAGGGGACAUUUAUAUAUUCUGUGUGGAUGGAUGUUGAGGUUGAUUUAUGUUUGAGGGUAUGGCUUAAAGCAGAAAGUAAAGAAGAUUAGGCAUUAGUGCGAGGGGCCGUUUUCUGGAUGCUGUAAAAAAUUGGGUCUCUUAUAUUUGGAUGUAUAAAUGAUGUAAACAUAUUGUCAGUUUUAGAUGUUACUUUCAUUUUGGAAAUUGACAUGUAAGCCAAAUGGCCAAACCAUCAAGACGAUUUGCUUUGAUUUUCUCUCUCUUUGAUGAAGGGAAGUUUCGCGGUUUAGCUCA